AUGAGUGAAGAACAGUGGGUCUCCCUCACUCCAGAGGAGUUUGACCAACUCCAGAAAUACUCAGAAUAUUCCACCAAGAAGAUAAAGGAUGUUUUGACUGAAUUUAAUGAAGGAGGAAGCCUUGAAAAAUAUGAUCCACAUAAGCCAGUUAGCUAUGAGGUCUUCAAGCUGUUCAUGAGAGCAUACCUGAAGGUGGACCUUCCUCAGCCAUUGAGCACACACCUCUUUCUAGCCUUCAGCCAGAAGCCCAGACAUGAAACCCCUGACCAUCCGAGGGAGGGGGCCAGCAACAGCGAGGUCAAUGGCCCAGAUUCCAGUAUCCAGAAUGCAGAUAACGCUGCCAAAGCUGAUGAGGCCUGUGCCCCUGACAUAGAAUCAAAGGUCACUGAGAAGCAAGUGCCAGCUGAAGACCAAGUGGCCACAACCCCACCAGGAGCCCCUGCUGCUCAGUCCCCGGGGUCUGAGUCCCCCACAGUGUAUCUGAAGGAUGUGGUGUGUUACCUGUCCCUACUGGAGACUGGGAGGCCCCAGGAUAAGCUCGAAUUUAUGUUUCAUCUCUAUGAUUCAGAUGAGAACGGUCUCCUGGACCAAGCGGAGUUGGAUCGCAUUGUCAACCAAAUGCUGCAUAUUGCGCAGUACCUGCAGUGGGAUCCCACGGAACUAAGACCUAUCUUGAAAGAGAUGUUACAAGGGAUGGACUAUGACCAGGAUGGCUUUGUGUCUCUGAAGGAAUGGGUCCACGGAGGGAUGACGACCAUUCCAUUGCUGGUUCUCCUGGGGAUGGACGACUCCAGCUCCAAGGGGGACGGGAGGCAUGCCUGGACCAUGAAGCAUUUCAAGAAGCUGACCUACUGCAACUUCUGCCACAUCAUGCUGAUGGGUGUGCGCAAACAAGGCCUGUGCUGCAUCUACUGUAAAUACACUGUCCAUGAACGCUGUGUAUCAAAAAAUAUACCUGGGUGUGUCAAAACGUACUCAAAAACCAAAAGGGGCGGCGAGGUGAUGCAGCACGCGUGGGUCGAAGGGAACUCCUCCGUCAAGUGUGACCGGUGCCACAAAAGUAUCAAGUGCUAUCAGAGCGUCAGCGCACGGCACUGCGUGUGGUGCAGGAUGACGUUUCACCGCAAAUGUGAACUGUCAACAUUGUGUGAUGGAGGGGAACUCAGAGAUCAUAUUUUGCUGCCCACCUCGAUAUGCCCCGUCACCCGGGACAGGCAAGGCGGGACAUCUGAUGGCAGUGAGUCAGCCAAAGGCGACAUUGUAAUGCAGUAUAAGAUCAUUCCCACCCCGGGUACUCAUCCUCUGCUGGUCUUGGUGAAUCCCAAGAGUGGAGGGAGACAAGGAGAAAGCUUGAACUUUUUCUGUGAUACUCCCGACUUCCGUGUCCUGGCCUGUGGAGGAGAUGGGACAGUGGGCUGGAUUUUGGAUUGCAUUGAUAAGGCUAACUUCUCAAAGCAUCCACCAGUGGCUGUCCUGCCCCUUGGAACAGGAAACGAUCUUGCUCGCUGUCUCCGCUGGGGAGGAGGUUACGAAGGUGGCAGCUUGACGAAAAUCCUGAAGGACAUCGAGCAGAGCCCAUUGGUUAUGCUGGACCGGUGGCACCUGGAAGUCAUCCCCAGGGAGGAGCUGGAGAACGGGGACCAGGUCCCAUACAGCAUCAUGAACAACUACUUCUCCAUUGGCGUGGAUGCAUCAAUUGCACACAGAUUCCACAUGAUGAGAGAGAAACAGCCUGAAAAGUUCAACAGCAGGAUGAAGAAUAAGCUGUGGUACUUUGAAUUUGGCACCUCAGAGACGUUUGCUGCCACCUGCAAGAAGCUCCAUGACCACAUAGAGUUGGAGUGUGAUGGGGUUGAAGUGGACCUGAGCAAUGUGUUUCUUGAAGGCGUCGCCAUUCUCAACAUUCCUAGCAUGUACGGAGGUACCAACCUCUGGGGAGAAACCAAGAAGAACCGGGCUGUGAUCCGAGAGAGCAGGAAGGUUGUCACGGACCCCAAGGAACUGAAAUUCUGUGUCCAAGACCUCAGUGACCAGCUCCUUGAAGUGGUGGGACUGGAAGGAGCCAUGGAGAUGGGGCAAAUCUACACCGGCCUGAAGAGUGCGGGCAGGAGGCUGGCCCAGUGCUCCUCUGUCACUGUCAGGACGAACAAGCUGCUGCCAAUGCAAGUGGAUGGCGAGCCCUGGAUGCAGCCACCCUGCACGAUUAAAAUUACUCACAAGAACCAAGUGCCCAUGAUGAUGGGGCCUCCCCAGAAGAGCAGCUUCUUUUCACUGAGGAGGAAGAGCCGUUCAAAAGACUAAACAACGUACCAGAUGCCAGAGAAAACAAGAAACUCUAACUACACACUCACACACAUAUUUACACACACACUCUCUCAAUCUCUUACACACACACAAACAUACUCUAACUAGUGGGAUAAAACCCCCUUCAGGAACAAAACCUUCACUUUGCUAUACAUUCUAGCUCUGUCAAUAACGGAUACACCCCCAGCAGAGUCUAUGCCAAAAGAACAUCUUGAGGGGACGUAGGGUCUGCUGGGUCUAGCUGGCUCAGGCAGUGACCUUCACCUUCCCAGAAGGCCUUGUGUGGAGCUUUCUGAGCCUGAAGGAGAAAUCCCCCCCCCCUUUCUUUCCACCAGCCCUGCAAGGUUCUUCAUGGACGCUUGCGAAGAGCACGCUGCAAGUUUCCUGCCUCUGGUGAAAUCGGAUGUGGCCCAGGGUAGGCACUCCCAUUCCAGAGAACUUACACAAAGAUCCCUCUGUUCAGAGACAAACCAGCCUCGGAGGCUCAGAAGAUAAUCUUUGGCAGGACCCAGCGAGCGCACAUCAGCCACCCUUUGAGCGACAGCUUCAACCUCGACUUGCUGAGGAGGCAGAAGGGCUGCGGAAAGCUGUUUCCAUUCUCGGUUCUUUCUCUGUCCGUGGGCACUUGUUACUUCCCUGAAGCCUUCUCUCUCCUGGUGGUGGUGUGUUUGUUUAGAGACCGCUCCAAGAGCCCACAGCUGCCUGCCCAACGCACCUUAGAUGUGGUAUUUAUUUUCUUAGUUCUGUGAACACCUGGGAGGGGAAGCAGAGAAACUGGGAUUUAUUUUUCAAAUUGGUGUCAUAAUAUUGUGUAAAAA